GGCGCGAAUCCCGGCUUCGUUUUGAGGGUCAACGCGUGUCACGCGUGGAGCGCGGUUUGCCAAGCCGCAAGCGCAGGGAGGGGGACGUUACGCUGGGAUUGUUGUCGCCGCAGCCCAGCUGCAGCGGCGACGCUGGCUCCGGGCGCCGGGGGCGGGGACAGGGACGGGGACGGGGGCGCCCCGGCCGCCGCGGGCCAGGGAGAGAGCGCCGCCCGCUUCCGUCGCCCGCCGGGGAUUCCCCGGGGCCGGCGCGCAGGGAAGUCCCCGGGCGCGCGGGGUACAAGAGGCGGCGCGGCGCCAGCGCGCCACUGGCCGGCACCCCGAGGCGGCGGCGCAGCGCUCCAGCCAUGUCGCGCGGCCUCCAGCUCCUGCUCCUGAGCUGCGCCUGCAGCCUGGCGCCCGCCACGCGGGAGGUGAAGGUGGCCUGUUCCGAGACGGUGGACCUGCCCUGCACCGUCCGCUGGGACCCGCAGGUCUCCUACGCGGUCUCCUGGGCCAAGCUCCCCGAGGGCAGCGAGGAGAUGCUGGACACACUCCAGGAGGACCUGCACCACGGUCAGAGGGGACAGAAUGGCUCUUCCGAGGCUCCCGUGGACAGCCCCUAUUCCCUGAAGAUCGAGAACACUGCCACCUGCAACUCGGGGACAUACAGGUGCACGCUGCAGGAGCCGGGAGGGCAGAGGAACAUCAGUGCCACUGUGAUCUUGAAAGUGACAGGAUGCCCCAAGGAGCCCAAGGAAGCAAGUUUUCAGAAAUACAGAGCCGAGAUCGUGCUGCUCUUCUCUCUGGUCGUUUUCUACUUAACACUCAUCAUUUUCACUUGCUUUGCACGACUACAGAGUAUUUUUCCAGAUUUUUCUAAACCUGGCAUGGAACGAGCUUUUCUUCCCGUUACCUCCCCAAAUAAGCAUUUGGGACCAGUGAUUCUUCACAAGACUGAAGUGGUAUGAGCAGGACUUCUGCUGUUGUCUUUUCUUAAGUUGAGGACUCAGUGGCAUGCCUAAAUGCCACACUGGACCAGAGCAGAAGGAGCCCCACGCUGAAGAUGGCAUCCUUGCUGUGAAGUCACCUGAAGACAUCUGAGAGUGGAUCCCAUCCCACUUUCCGCUGGCAAAGUCUUGAAAACCAUUACAUGAUCACAUAGCAUGGGGCCAUUGCUCCUUUUCCAUGGCUACCAUCUUAGUGUUUUAUGCAGCUAUCUGGUCAACCUCUUGGACACUUUUUCAGUCAUAUAAAAGCUAUGGUGAGAUGCAGUUGGGAAAGGGUCUUAAGAAAAUUGAGUGCCCAGAGCUGGCCCUGUGACAGACUGCCGAGGACAGCUGCCCUCUUCCACAUCUGGGAAACAUCUCUUUGGAUUUGCUGUGUCCUGUUACACCAGCCCACAUGUCUUACAUCUGGGAAAAAUCGACAGGCCGAGCUAUGAAGCAGUGAGAAAUAUUUAGCAAAUAAUUUCCCAGUGUGAAGGCUCUGCUAUUACUAAGGAGGAUUAUGUGUACGUAGAAAUAAAAGGUGGAUGAAUUGUUUCAUCUUGGAAAGACAUCCAUAAAGAAGCAAUAAAGAGUGCCGCAUUUAUUUUUAUAUCUAUAUAUUCUUGUCAAAGAGGAAUUUGUGUUUUUCUUCUUCUGAAAUCCCGAUCUAGUUAACAUCAUUGCUAACUGACCAGCAACCCGAAUAUGGAGGGAGAGAAGACAGAGCGAGUGACCACAAGAUGGAUGUUUGGUGACCUUCUGGAGAUGCUGGACCAACCUGCCAUCUGCAUUCCAGCCUGGGUUGUGCCAGGACCCAGCUGUGUGAUCCUGGGCAAGUUCUCGAUGGUUUCUUCUUUCUCAGUUGGAAACCAGAAGGCUGCUGUAUGGACUGAUUACAAUAAUGUGUGCAAAAAUGUUCCAGAAAAAGUCUGAAACUCUGCACAGAUUCCAACCUCCACUGGGCCAUUGUCCUUGCUGUUCCUGGGGGAUUCUAGGCACGAGAGGAAGCCUCAGUUUUCACGUUUUCCAUCAUUCCAAACAGAGAAGGCUACAAAGAGGACAUUCCCAUAUCCUCCUGUAUGGAUUCCUCUUGGGGAAGUAAGGAGACCAGUUCAGUGUCCAAAGUACCAGCCAAAAGUUCGAGGCGUGGACGUUGGGAGCAUCCAGCCCUGGCAGAAGGAAGUUCAUAGAGUGUCCUAUUGGUGUUUGGGCAGUUGUUGGGUUUCUCUUCACAAACUUGGCCCCUUCCCUGCUUGCUUUCCAAAGACACAUUGUCCCUUUAGUAGUAUGUGUGUCAUUCACACUAAUAUAGGAAGUGCCAAGGUGAUUUAGUGUUUGAACCUCCUUGUCGUCUCUUUCAUGUUAUUAAAGGUCUGCAUGUGAA